AAGCGCCUGGUCCUGGGCGGCGGCGUUGGCCAUCGCAGUGAUGGCUGUGGGGCUGGGUGGCUGAUGACGGAGACAGGAGCGGCCCCGCGCCCAGAAUCUAGGCGGCCGCUACUCAAGCACGUUCUGCACAAUGGCUUCCUCCGAGCAUUUUGAGAAGCUGCACGAGAUCUUCCGUGGCCUCCAUGAGGACCUACAAGGGGUGCCCGAGCGGCUGUUGGGGACGGCGGGGACCGAAGAGAAGAAGAAGUUGAUCCGACAUUUUGAUGAGAAGCAACAGGAAGCAAAUGAGACGUUGGCAGAGAUGGAGGAGGAACUACGUUAUGCACCCCUGUCUUUCCGUAACCCCAUGAUGUCCAAACUGCGAAGCUACCGGAAAGAUCUUGCCAAACUGCAUCGGGAAGUUAGAAGCACACCUUUGACAACUGCACCUGGGGGCCGGGGAGACAUGAAAUACAGCACGUAUGCGGUGGAGAAUGAGCACAUGAAUCGUCUACAGUCUCAAAGAGCACUGCUUCUUCAAGGCACAGAUAGCCUGAACCGGGCCACCCAGAGCAUUGAGCGCUCUCAUCAGAUUGCCACAGAGACUGACCAGAUUGGCUCAGAAAUCAUCGAAGAGCUGGGGGAGCAACGAGAGCAACUGGAACGUACUAAGAACAGACUGGUGAACACAAGUGAAAACUUGAGCAAAAGUCGAAAGAUUCUCCGGUCAAUGUCCAGAAAAGUGGUGACCAAUAAGCUGCUGCUUUCCAUCAUCAUCUUACUGGAGCUUGGCAUCCUGGGAGGCCUAGUUUAUUACAAAUUCUUUCACCAUCAUUAA